AAAAACUUUGCUUGCAAAACCUACCUUGCCCUGUUCUACUUAACUUCAGUCCUUCACCUUCCCCAGGAGAUAAGUGUAAUUUAGAUGACUAUGGAGCCCAUAAGCAACAGCAUUGGUGAAUUUGCAUUGGACAUUUUCAAAGAGAUAAACCGCUCCAACAGCGAUAGCAACAUUCUCUGCUCCCCCGUGAGCCUUGCUAAUUCAUUGUCUUUAUUGUUGCUUGGAUCAAGAGAAGAGACAUCCUCUCAGAUAGCGAACGUUCUUCAUAUUUCUAACCAAGGAGAUCCAACCGGUUCUCUAGAAACACAUCAAGGUGAAAGAACAUGGUCUGGAGAUGAAUGUGAACAUAUAGCAUCUGCAAGUGAGAAUGUGGUUCCAGAUGUACACAGCAAAUUAAAGGCAUUGUUUAACAAGUUGAAGACUGCAAGUGACUCAGAGUUGAAAAUUGGUAAUGGACUUUUCACUCAACUCAAUUUCCCCAUCCUAAAAAGUUAUCUAGAAUCCGCUCAGACACUCUAUCAGGCAAACCUAAAGUCUGUUGAUUUUGGGAAGGACAAAACAAGAGAAUGCAUAAACACGUGGGUUGAAGCUGAAACAAAUGGUAAAAUAAAGAAUUUGUUUGCCCCAAAUUCUCUGGAUAAGAAUACUUCCCUGAUCCUAGUGAAUGCCAUUUAUUUCAAAGGGAAAUGGAUGAAAACAUUUAAAAAGGAUAACACAAAAAAUGCUCUGUUCCAUGUAAAAGAGGAUGUAAAAAUACCAGUGCCAAUGAUGAGUCAAACUGAAAGAUUUAAUCAUGGAAUUGUAGAAGAAAUGGAUGUUCAGUUUAUUGAACUGCCAUAUGAAAAUGAGGACUUCAGCAUGUUCAUAUUUUUACCCAAUAAAAUUUCGGGUCUGCAAAAGGUUAUUGAACAGAUGACUUUGGAGUUAUUGAUGAAAUCGACAGAUUCCAAAAAUAUGCAAAAGACAAAAUUAGAGAUACACAUUCCACAUUUUAAGAUAGAAGAAAGCUAUGAUCUAACUUCACACCUAAAAAACAUGGGAAUGCUGGAUGCCUUCAGCCAAAAGGCAAAUUUAUCUGGUAUAUCUGGCGUUGGCCUCUUUGUGUCAAAAGUGAUCCAUAAAGCCUUCAUUGAGGUUAAUGAGGAAGGAACCGAAGCAGCGGCUGCAACUGGAAUUGUUAUUCAACCUAAAUCAGCCACAAGGCAGUUUGUAGUAAAUCAUCCAUUUUUUGUUUUAAUCAAACAUAAUGCAACCAAUACUAUUCUUUUUUGUCUCAAGUUUUGUUCACCAAGCUCAUAACUUACUAUGGUGCAUAUAUACUGUACACAUAUAUACACAUACAUGUGGUUUAUUAACAUGUUCUUUUUAAUUACUGCAGUUUCCUCCUUUGGGCUCUAUUAGAACUUAAUAUCCUGGGGCCAGAUUCACGUACAAGAGCGCCGGUGUAACGUAACCCGUUACGAUACACCGCCGCAAGUUUCCAGUUUUA